GUACAUACCCAGUAGCGUCUCUACACCAUUCAAAUAACCCCAACAACGAAUGAAGAUCUGCUCCCUUUGUUCUUCCUAUUUUGCUUAGAACUCCUUCAUAGCAAAUCAUUGGCUGUACUAAAGGUGAAAUGGUUUCUUUAAAUCCACUUUGGCAAUCAAAUUAAGCAGCAAGAGCUUUAAAUGCUACAAACAUUUUCUUGUGCGCAGAGCAUGCAUAUGUGAUUUCGUUAACAUUCUGAUAAAAAUUACUUCAUAUAUGAUUUGUGAUUUCAUACGCUUUAAUCGCAAGACUGCAAGAGAUUAUACGCGUGUCAGCACUCGAUACGUACUCGCACAAAAGACAAAAUCAUGCGAGGGCAUCCAUUAUAUGAUGUCUUGUUUAGCGAGGAACUCAAGUCCUAUACGCCAGAACCCUUUCGGUCUUGUAGACGGACUUGGAGUUUGAUUCCUUAGCAUCUUUCGUAGAAUCCAAACAUUCCUCAGCCCACAAAUAAGAUCAACCCUAAUUGAUCAAAAUAUUCCCCAUUUGUUUGUUAAUCUCAAUCCCACUUGUUAAAGCCAUAGAUUUCUCACUUUAAUUAAGGCGUUGAAUUUUGCGGAGGAGAUCUGAGCAAUGGCGUGCAAUUCAUCUAACGGAGAGCAGCAGACAACUAAGUCACCUCCAUUGCCAUCUCCAUUGCGUUUUUCCAAGUUCUUUCAGUCCAACAUGAGAAUUUUGGUUACUGGUGGAGCGGGAUUCAUAGGCUCACAUCUAGUUGACAAAUUGAUGGAAAAUGAGAAAAAUGAGGUAAUUGUUGCUGAUAACUACUUCACUGGAUCAAAGGAUAAUCUGAGAAAAUGGAUUGGUCAUCCAAGAUUUGAGCUUAUCCGUCAUGAUGUCACUGAGCCAUUGCUGAUAGAAGUUGAUCAGAUUUACCAUCUUGCAUGCCCAGCUUCUCCCAUUUUCUAUAAAUACAAUCCUGUGAAGACAAUAAAGACAAAUGUAAUUGGCACGCUGAACAUGUUAGGCCUUGCCAAGCGAGUUGGAGCAAGGAUUCUGCUGACAUCAACUUCAGAGGUAUAUGGAGAUCCUCUUGUGCAUCCUCAACCUGAGAGUUACUGGGGAAAUGUCAACCCAAUUGGGGUCCGUAGCUGCUAUGAUGAAGGGAAGCGUGUGGCUGAGACUUUGAUGUUUGAUUAUCAUAGACAGCAUGGGAUAGAAAUACGCAUUGCUAGAAUCUUUAAUACUUAUGGACCAAGAAUGAACAUUGACGAUGGGCGUGUUGUCAGCAAUUUCAUAGCUCAAGCGCUUCGUGGUGAACCAUUGACAGUCCAAAAACCCGGAACACAAACUCGCAGUUUUUGUUAUGUUUCUGACAUGGUUGACGGCCUCAUCCGACUCAUGGAAGGAGAGAACACUGGCCCGAUCAACAUUGGAAAUCCAGGUGAAUUUACUAUGCUGGAACUUGCUGAGACAGUGAAGGAGCUGAUUAGUCCUGACGUGGCGAUAAAUCUGGUGGAGAAUACUCCGGAUGAUCCUCGACAGAGGAAACCUGACAUCACAAAGGCAAAAGAGUUGCUUGGAUGGGAGCCAAAGGUCAAGCUGCAGGAUGGACUUCCCCUAAUGGAGGAGGAUUUCCGCUUGAGGCUUGGAGUCGCCAAAAAGAAAUGAAUAAAAGCUGCUAUUGAUGGGUUGGAUGAGUGGGACCUUGAGUUGCCAAAUUCUAUAUAGAAAAAUAAGCGGUUGUGUGUAUUAUAUUUUUUUAUCCACUUUUUCAUUUUCUUAAUUAUGGAUGUUGAGAACUUUGAACACUCCCAAAGUUCGGCAUUCAAUGGUGUCAUAAAUAGUUGUGCUGGAUACUGGGUGUUAAAGUACCCAGAAUUUUGUUUUCAUGAUAAUAUAAAUGCAUUUAGCUCUAUGCAAUUUUACA